CUCUUCUACUACUUUGUAACUGUGACUGUGAGCCGAAACCUCUUCUUCUUGUUUUUCCUCCCUUAUUGUUUGGUGCAAGAGUUGAGAUAUUGAUGAGUUGAUCGUGUGUAUCGUAUAUCCAGAUUAAUCAUCCUUCGUGUCACCAUCUCGUUAUACAUGAUACUCGUUGGUCUUUGUUAGAAACAAGAAAAUUUACUACGUCGAACCUCUCCUCUCCACUGUUACUCUUUGCGCAAUCGUUCCUCGCGAUGACGACCAAGGACGGUCCAAAGCUGCCCAAGCAGCAACUGGCGAUUCUGGCCAUGGCCAGAAUUGCCGAACCCAUGGCCUACAGCUCAGUCUUCCCAUAUCUGCCCAGCAUGGUCAGCAGCUUUGGUGUUCCUACCAACAAGGUUGGAAGUUGGGUAGGACUCACAUCUGGUGUCUUCUCUAUAGCACAAAGUACCACUGCUGUGGCUUGGGGAAAGGCCUCCGAUAUCUACGGCCGGAAGCCGAUCAUCAUCUUUGGCCUUAUGAGUUCCAUGAUCUGUUUCAUAGUAUGGGGCAUGUCUACGAAUUUACCUAUGGCCAUCAUUGUCCGAGCCAUUAUGGGAGGUGGAAACGGAAAUGUCGGUAUCAUCAGAACAGUGGUUGCUGAGCUGGUCCCUGAGAGGGAACUUCAACCAAGGGCAUUCUCCAUCAUGCCUAUUGUUUGGAGCCUGGGUUCUAUCAUCGGACCCAGUUUCGGAGGUCUCUUUGCUGAACCUGCAGAACAAUAUCCCGAAAUCUUUGGCCAUAUCGAGUUCUUCAAGCGCUUCCCCUUUGCCCUACCAAAUCUGAUUCUCAUGGUUUUCUUUCUAUUCUCAGCUACCAUUGCAGCCUUGUUUCUCCAUGAAACACUUCCUAGCAAGCGAGGACACCGAGAUUGGGGCCUCCUGGUAGGCGAGCGUAUCACUCGCUCUUUCAAGACCACUCGUCCAACACCUUCUACCCGUCGAGCUUCGUUUGUAGAUGGCGAAGCCACGUCACCGCUUUCUCCUAACAGACUUGUCUUUCUCAGACACCCUGUUGAAGAGCAUACUCCUGAGAAUACUUCAUUUCCCUUCUAUUUUUCAGGGGGGUUUGGCAUGAAACACAGUGAGGUUGGCACCAUAUACACCAUAUAUGGCGUCGUAUGUUGCGCUGUUCAGUUCCUGAUCUACCCUUCGAUUGUUGCUCGCUUCGGUGUUUUGCGUUGCUUUAGGGUCUGCUGUCUUCUCAUGCCACUUGCUUACUUCCUCACCCCUUACUGUGUUCUAUUCCCGACACACAAGGGCCGCAUGGCCGCUCUCAUGGGCGUUAUGUUUAUCAAGGCUGCUGGAAUCAUUGUCGCAUUUCCAUCUGUCACUAUUCUUCUGACAAACUCCUGCACUUCUCUCCGUGUACUUGGUACGCUCAAUGGCUACGCCACAACCUUCAGUGGCCUAGGUCGUGCACUUGGUCCAGCUUCGACAGGUGCUCUUUUCACCUGGGGUGCCGAUCAUGGCUACGUGGUAACUGCAUGGUUCUUCCUCAUGUUUAUUGCUAUCUUAGGCGCUAUCCCGGCUUACCUCGUUGAAGAAGGAGAGGGCCCUUCCGCUUCCGCUUUGAGCUCAGCAGAGAAUAGUGACACGGAAAACGACCAGGCAUCGUCUUCAUCGAGUACGAUAUUGUUGCCUGAAGAUUCCGCGAUUACGUCUGAUUCUGAUUUUGAUUCUGAUUCUGAAGAGGAGCUGCUUUUGACCAAGACUAAGUCGAGGUCUGUAGAACAAAGCUACGGAACUAUGACUGGACGAAAGUGA